AUGGAGAACUCCUACAGCGCCGAGUUCGUGCCCAGGCCAGGGGAGCACCCAAAGCGCAUCUGCGGAGAGGCUAUGGCCCAUGUCAGGCGCAAGCCCUCCGCGACUCCGACCAGGUUCUUCGACCUGGCGGCAGCCGUGGCGGGCGUGCGCAUGCCAGAGGACGCCUUCCCGGGCCUCGUGCCCCGCAAGCCGCUGGCGCCGCGGGAUCUGAGCCACCCCCCGCGCCCGGGGCCCAUCUCCGUGAAGCAGGCGGUCGUUGCGGGCACCAAGGGCUCCUUGUCGGCCAGAUGCCCCACACGGACCCCGUCCCCGACCAAGACCUCGGAACAGGCCGCGAGGCGGAUGGAAUCCGACAUGAGAAAGCGCUCCGUGUCCUGUGCCAAGGCUGCCAUCCAAAGUCUCCAAGGUCCGCCUGCGGAGUUCCAAGAUCCUUCGCCGACCUUUGGCGCGGACCCCGCCGCGGCCCGCGUGGGGGAGGCCUGGCUUCGCCUGGCGCGCAUCGCGCUGCUGGAGCUGGGAACGCGGGGGCCGGUGCAUCCAAGCGUGGAGCCAGGCGCCAUCCGGAAGGCCAUCCUGGAUGACUCGGAGCAGGCGGCGAUUGAUGUGGAUUGGCGCUCGCCGCAAGUGUGCUUAGGCUAUCUCUUGGAGCAGUCCGUCACGUGGAUAGAGCCCGAGUCCGACGACGACUUUCACUCGCCCAAAGCAUCGGUGCAGAACGCGGAGGAGGAGGAGGAGACCCACCCUGCGAUGAAAGCCAUUGCGCGUCAGCAGCGCGCGCCGGGAAUUGUGGAGGGCCUUCCGAAGUGCUUGAGCUUCUGA